GUUAACAGACCUGCAGCCUGUCUUCCUCAUUUUUCCCUCCCUCUCUGCCUGUAGCUUUUCUGAAGACACAUCCAGCCCCAGAGAUUGGAUUGGGUAGCCUUGCCUUGACACAGUGCUGGGAGCUGAGUGCUGGGGACGUGUUUCAACAGAUGGUUGGGGUUACACUGUGUCAUCACAUUGGAGUGGGGAUUAAAACAGGCGCUGCUGUGCAGGAGCUGUGUGGUCUACUCCUGCAAGUGUUAGAUCCAAGGAGAGAGGAAUCCAGAUUGCGGCGAGUGUCUGCUCAGGAAAACAUCCCAUUCAAAAUAACUUCUGUGAAAGAACACUGCGCCAACGCUUUGCUGCUGAAUUGUGGGAGAAUUAUGCCAGAAUCAUGGUCUUGCUAAUGAGUGCAUAUGUUUACAGACCUCACUAGCCAAGCAUAGAACUAUCAGCAUAUAGUAGAGUGGGCUCUUGGAUAUCAUCUGGUUACAGAGUAUACACACAAUCUACACUACAAUGAAGUGUUACUGCUUUGCUCUGCUUUUCCUUGUGCUCGAUAUGGAGCUCCCUGCUUGCUCAACGUUAAAAACAACCAGAGUAAAAGGACGUAUCCAUCCAGACAGGAGGAAUAUUAGACCAAACAUUAUUCUUGUUCUCACGGAUGACCAGGAUGUGGAACUGGGUUCGUUGCAGGUGAUGAACAAGACAAGGAAAAUUAUGGAAGAAGGAGGCGCUACUUUUGUCAAUGCCUUUGUGACCACUCCAAUGUGCUGUCCAUCUCGAUCCUCUAUGUUAACAGGCAAAUAUGUACAUAAUCACAACAUAUACACAAAUAACGAGAACUGUUCUUCCCCCUCGUGGCAAGCCAUACAUGAACCACGCACCUUUGCGGUAUACCUCAAUAACACCGGAUACAGGACAGCAUUUUUUGGGAAGUACCUGAAUGAGUACAAUGGAAGCUAUAUCCCACCCGGAUGGCGCGAGUGGCUCGGACUGAUCAAGAACUCACGUUUUUACAAUUACACAAUGUGCAGGAAUGGAUACAAGGAAAAGCACGGAUUCGAAUAUGAAAAGGAUUAUUUUACAGAUUUAAUAACUAAUGAUAGUAUCAGUUACUUCAAAUCAUCCAAAAAAAUGUACCCUCACCGUCCAAUAAUGAUGGUCAUCAGUCACGCUGCACCCCACGGACCUGAAGAUUCAGCACCACAAUUUUCUGAGCUUUUUCCAAAUGCAUCCCAACACAUAACACCGAGUUACAACUAUGCUCCUAAUAUGGACAAGCAUUGGAUUAUGCAAUAUACAGGUGCAAUGCUGCCCAUUCAUAUGGAAUUCACGAAUGUAUUGCACAGGAAACGGUUACAGACGCUAAUGUCAGUUGACAACUCCAUGGAAAAGUUGUAUAAUAUGCUGGUUGAAACCGAAGAACUGGAUAACACCUACUUCAUCUACACGGCUGACCACGGCUACCAUAUAGGGCAGUUCGGACUGGUGAAAGGAAAAUCGAUGCCAUACGACUUUGAUAUUCGAGUUCCUUUUUUUGUUCGUGGUCCAAACGUGGUACCAGGAUCAGUUGUGUCCCAGAUUGUGCUGAACUUAGAUAUUGCUCCAACUAUUCUGGAUAUUGCGGGACUGGACCCUCCUCCUGAUAUGGAUGGCAAGUCUGUUUUACCCUUGAUGGAUAUAGAAAGACCAGGAAAUAGGUUACGAACAAAUACGAAAAAGAAGUUGUGGCGAGAUACAUUCCUCGUAGAAAGAGGAAAAUUUAUCAGAAAAAAGGAAGAACCAAGUAAAAAUGUGCAAACUCAAUCCAACCAUCUGCCAAAAUAUGAGCGUGUCAGAGAGUUGUGCCAGCAAGCGCGUUACCAGACGGAGUGCAAGCAGCCAGGGCAGAAAUGGCAGUGCAUUGAGGAUGUCUCGGGAAAACUUCGUAUUCAUAAAUGCAAGGGGUCUGCAGACACUGUGCCACUGAAGAAGAGGGCACGAAGUAUUAACUCCAAGGGCUAUGGAAGUAAAAAUAAAGAGUGUGUUUGUGGGGAGACUGAAUACAGACCAAACAGGAAUCAGAGGAAAAAACAAAAACUCUUCUUGAGGAAUUCCAAUUCUAAAAGAUUCAAUCCUCGUUUUGUUCAUACUCGCCAUGCACGCUCCCUUUCUGUUGAAUUUGAAGGAGAAAUAUAUGAUAUACACUUAGAAGAUGAUGAGUUACCACAAGCAUCGCAGCCUCGGGGGAUCACCAAAAGACACUAUACAUCAGAAGAGGAGGCAGGGGAUGAUAUUGAUGGAGAAAAAGAUCUAAUCACUGCUCCUGAUGAUGAUGAUGAUGAUGAGGAGGAUGACGACGAUGAAAUCAUGUUAUCUGAUGGAGUGAUAAGCGCUAGCCAGUCUGAAUCUGUCAAAGUCACACACAAGUGUUUCAUACUUGUUAAUGACAGUGUACAUUGCGAAAGAGAGCUCUACCAAUCUAGCAGAGCCUGGAAGGAUCACAAAGCUCACAUUGAUAAAGAGAUUGAAGCACUCCAGGAUAAAAUAAAAAAUUUACGAGAAGUAAGAGGACAUCUUAAAAGAAGGAAGCCUGAUGAAUGUGACUGCAGCAAACCUGGGUUUUACAAGAAGGGGAAAGGUGUGAAAUCUCAGGAUAAGGCGAAGGGCCACAUACACCCCUUUAAGGAAGUUGCACAGGAAGUAGACAAUAAGGUUCAAAUAUUUAAAGAGAAUCGCAGAAGGAAAAAGGAGAGAAAAGAAAAGAAACGCCACAAGAAAGGAGAAGAAUGCAGCCUUCCUGGACUGACAUGCUUUACACACGAUAACAACCACUGGCAGACAGCACCCUUCUGGAACUUGGGUUCGUUCUGUGCCUGCACCAGUUCUAACAAUAAUACCUAUUGGUGCUUGAGGACUGUCAAUGAGACACACAAUUUUCUAUUUUGUGAGUUUGCCACUGGCUUUUUGGAAUAUUUCGAUAUGAACACAGACCCCUAUCAGUUAACGAAUGCUGUGCAUACAAUAGACAAAGGUAUUAUGAACCAACUUCACUUGCAGCUGAUGGAACUCAGAAGUUGCCAAGGGCAUAAGCAAUGCAACCUCAGACCAAAGGGAUUGGAAGCAGAGGACAACUAUGGGAUGGAUGGGAAGGCUAAUUUGCCAAAUUUCACAGAGGACGUAGACUGGAAAGGACUGGAAGAUUUGUACAACGUAAAUGAAAGUUUAUAUGGAUACAGAAACAAUUAUAGACUUAGUCUGGAGGACUGGGCUAAUUACUUGAAGGAUAUAGAUAGAAUUUUUGCACUGCUGAAUGGUAUCUCUAAACCAACUACAAGAAAUAAGACUGUGGUUGCUCAAUCUGUGUUUCCGUCAAGAGAACCAACAAAGCUGGGUGAAAUGUGGUCCACUGAGUCCGAAGAGGAAUUUAGUGGAACAUUUGCAGAAGAAGAACCUAAAAUGGAAACAAAUGUUGGUAUCUUGAAUAUGAGCACGGUAUUAAUAAACCACGAGAAAACACUUGAAACAAAUAAUAAUUUUCCCAAGAAACAAAAAAUUAACCAUGAACACUGGAAUAACAGUCAUACGGAAAGAUGGACAGAUCAAAUCAAUUUAGAUCCUUACGACCUGGAGUUCAGUGGAAAUGGUCUAACAGAGUCAAAAUCCAAGAAUACUGUAAAUUUUAAAGCAAUACGUCCUCUUUCAAGAGAAACACAUAAAAGUAGCAGCCACAGCAGUGAAGAUAUCUUUGAAGACCAGGUUUACCUUCCCAUUAAUUUAGCUCUUGAGACAAAAAGCGUAUCAUCUGCAGAGCAACUGUUCACAUCUGAGGAUCUCGACACCAUACAUUUCAAAUCUACACAAGACUUUUCAGGACAGUCUGACAAAGGCAUUAAUGUUGAAGGCAGUGCCUCAUUCCCGCUUCCUUCGGAUCAAUGAUAUAUCUUAGCAUGUCAAUGCCACUUGACAUUCCUGAUAGUGCAUUCAGCCAUUUAUAUGCAUCUGAUGAAACCAUGUUUGAAUUGUACAUACACAUACCAGUUCUUAUGCCUAGUACCAAACAGAUUAACAAUUUGCUGAGACUGUAGAUGGUGAAACAGCUCUCAUGGUAGUACAUCAGCUAAAAAACCCGGUUAAUCUCUGUGGUUUACAGCAGGGAUAACUCAUUCUUCCUUCUUUCUAAGGUUGAUAAAAUGAGUACUAUUGAGUUGAGUAAUAGUCAAAUGUAUACCCAAAGACAUACUUGAAAAAAGAGGUACUCGCAAUGUUACUUUUCUGGUAUAACACAUUACUUCUAAUUGUAGGGAUCAUGGUGUACAUGCAAAAACGCAUUAACAAAAAAAUUAGACUUUCACUAAUUCAUCAGACAAGAAAACGUUUUUGAGAAAUUGGUGAGGUUUCCCCCCACUAUUUAUUUUGCUGUUAUUUGUAUUAUUACUUUUUUUUCCCUAACCACUGGAAUUUCUUAAUGUCACAAUUAAGUAAAACAUUGUUGCACUUUUAAAAUUUCUACAAUAGUUAGCCCAUUAACUUAAAUUUAUUUGUUAUCAUAUCUGUGGGAUUUGUUCACUGGCAAAAUUUGUUAUUUUUUUUAAGUGCCUUAUAGGUGUGGAUACCACAUUUGAAAUAACCUAAAUAGUAAUGAAAAAAAAAAAAAUACACUGAAAUUUGGAUAUAAGGUUUUUUUAUAGCAGUCAUGGCACAUACUUUAUAUCUAAUAUAUUCACUUUUUUUUUUUUAGUAAUUCUGUCUCAUUUAAACAUUACCUAUGGUAGAAUAGGGUAAUAUUUUGUCACGUGUAGUUGCCAGAUUCAAUAAAAUAUUGUUUUUAACUUGCAUUUAUGGCUUUAACCUCUUAAGACCCAUCUAUUUUGUUAUUACAAUUCUAUUCCAAAAUAGUCUGGCCCACACAUUUAGCAACAACAGGACUGUAUGAAAUUGUAUAUGUUUAAUAACAAAGACAUUUAAUGCUGGCACAAAGUAUUGAGGAAAUGUGUGUGAUGACAACUAGACAUUCUGUUGGUCCUCUGGGGGUUAAGGGAUCUAUUUACAAGAGCAAGGCGGUAGAAAUUUUAAAGGGAAUUCUCCAUAUUUAUCAAAAAGAAA